AUGGAUGAGAAGGUUGUGUGGUCCAACUCUGAGUAUGUAGGCUGCGCCUCCCACACGUGUUCAUCAUUUACAGGGUUAAGUUCAAGUUUCAAUGGCGGGACCAUUGUCGUCUGCAAUUACGGACCAGGUGGGAACUUUAACGGGCGCCAUCCUUACACGUCAGGGACACCCUGUACCGCUUGUCCCAGCGGGUACACGUGUACUAAUAAUUUAUGUGACGACGGCAGCGGAAAUUCAAACGUUGUGGAGCCAGUGAUAGACUCAGUGAGUCCCAAUGAAGGCAGUUUGUGUGGAGAGACACGCCUUCUUAUCAGUGGGCGGGGCUUCUCGGAGGACAACAUUAACGAAGGAAAUCAGGUCCAGCUGGUGUCUGGGACCACCUCGUAUGACUGUCCCGUCAGCAAGGAUGGCACCACCGAGCUCAAAGUCAUGUGCUACACACCGCCAGGGAUGAAAGAUGAUACAUACUAUGUCAGAGUUACCGUUGAUGGGAAGAAGGUGCCAGAGAAUAAACACUGUGGUGGGGCCACCAACAGUAAAUGUCGCUUCCGGCCUCAUUCUGGUAAAACUCCCACAAUUACUUCCAUUGACAAUGAAGCAGUUGCCCCCGGUAGCGUUUUAACCAUCAGGGGUAAGAUUUUCACGGACCGCUUUGACACGAACGUGGAGGAAAGCUCAAAUGGCAGGACUGCCAGAAUUCUGAGGGUUUAUGGAGGACCUAUGUUGUGUGAGCUGAAAAAAGAAAAUGAGAAUGAUGUCUUCUAUGGAAAGGCCUUAGACAAUGAUGGCACAAGUGACAAUGGAUACAUGAAGUGUAAACUUGGUGGAACUUUUAUUGGAAACAAUAAUGCCAGCUUCAUUAUUAGUGAUGGAUUUGGAAGGUCGUGUCGUGAUGGAAGCAGCCUCUUUCUGAGCCGUAAUGGACAGAUAUACCAGUACCAGACCUACGCAGAGAUUACGUCAAUUUCACCAAACAUCGGGAGUAUCGAGGGCUGUACCACGGUAACCAUCACAGGACGUAACUUUGACGACAAAGAAUCACGAUCAAAGACACAAGUCUUCAUUGGAGGAGUGAAAUGUGAGGUACAGUCUCUAACUACUACAGAAAUUGUGUGUAAAACAGCAGCAAAGCCAUCACCUGCCCCAACAUCAUAUACUGGUAACAGAGGAUUAACCUUGGAGAUCUGGAACCAGACCAGUAAGUCUCACUCUAACCUUGACGACGUCCUGCUACUAAACAGCUCAGCUGCCGACUACUUCCUGUCACACACAGAUAAAACAUACUUCACAGAGAACAUGGACAACUACGUGUCCCGUGCCCGGGGUUACUUCAUCCCUCCUUACAGCGGGAUGUAUUCCUUUAUGAUAAUGGCUGAUGAUGGAGGAAGUCUUUACUUCAGUGAAAGUGACAACCCAAAUGAUAAGACUAAAAUUGCCUUCUCUAAGUCAUACACAAACAGAUACAACAGAUUCCCAGAGCAGACAUCACAGAGGAUCAAUCUUACUGCUGACAAAAAAUACUACAUGGAAAUCCUUCACCGAGAACAUACAGUGGGAGCCUAUGCAAAAGUAGCUGCUCAUCUGUACGACACAAAACUGACCAACGAAAGCAUGCCAGCUGCCAAGCAGGAGAACCAGAAAAUCUCUGUUGGAUCCUCCACCGUCAGGGAGAAGCAGACGAUCACACUGAGUGGAUUCUCCACCAGGAGCAGUGUGAACGAAGUCCAGGAGGUGGACCUUACAGAAAACAGUGGGAGCUUCUCUGAUGCCUCCUUCAGGCUGGGGCUAUAUGGAGUCUAUACAACUCUCCUGACCACUGCCACAUCAGAAGCUGAUAUUGGGGCGGCUCUUCUACAGCUUCCUGUGUUUCAUUCCUCUGAAUCUGUUACUGUGUCUGCAGCACCUAAGGCUAACGGGGCUGGCCUUGUCUUAACCGUCACAUUCUCCUCAAAGAGAGGUAAUGUUGAUAACCUUCAGUACAGGACUUACCCAGGCUCUAAUGGGGAGACUCUUGGAAUCUCUGUGACAGAGAAGAAAUCAGGGGUACCCAAUGGGGAAUAUUUCACCUUGUCUAUGGCCGGAGUUACUUCCCCUCUUUUGGCCUAUGAUUUAUCUGCCAAGGAUUUGAAAACAGGCUUAAACCAACUAUUUGGUGUCAGAUGUCCAAAAGCCAUUGCUAGUCCAGGAGCCACCAAAGUGCAUCACACCUUUGAAGGGGGUAUCCCAGGGGGAUUAGGAGGCAGCAGAGUGGGGGAUGAAGAAGCCUUCUGUGGAAAGUUCUCGGUGAAAAACCCCUGGUACCUCUUUAGAAAUGAUGAUACUGGUCUUGCCCUGGGGCAGAGUGUCCGAAUGCUGUGCUUUGCCUACAAAGGAUUACUGAGGGACUCAGUGAGGCUUUAUUAUUCCUACACAGAUGCACAGAGUGUCAAACAAACAGGAAAAUCUACCACAUUCUCACACACCAUGGAUAAAACUGCUGAUGUGUGGAAGUACACGUGUUUUGACAUGUACACUGGCCUGACAGGAAAUCUUCCGACCGCAACAAAUUUUAUCCUGACUCGAGCCCAGGUGUUCCGAGAGAGCGCUGAUGUAAUGUUUGAUGAAGUGAUCAUCGGGCGACAAAAACCUCUAGCAUCUGAUGCUGACAUGUCUACUGUGAAUAACCUGAGAAUGAAGCCCUCCUUACCCAAUGGUUACAGAAUGGAGGACCUUGAUGUUACCAAGACAACAGUCAACAAUGAGCCUACUUAUGAGGUCAAGUUGAUUCCUUACGAUUGUGGCUACAAUUUCCCGAAAUUCAAGUCAAUUAAUGGCCAGCAACAUAAUGUGUCUGAUUCCCAGGUUGUGUCGGGAGGGUCAGUAUCCGUGGCGCGUACCCAGACGGCCUCUCCCCCCGUACAGGGCAGCUUCACCGUGACCUUCGCAGGAAAGUCUGUAUCAGGAAUUCCUUAUGAUGUGACGGGGGAGUCUCUGAUUGAGAUUCUAGAGGCCGGAAUCCCUGAAAUGGGGAAAGUCUAUGCUUAUCGCCAUGGAGACUGCACAGCGUUUGACCUGAGCGUGGCUUUCCUGACCAAAUCUGGGGAUCAGGAAGAAAUGCAACUCACAAGUCAGCUGAGUGGGGUUGAUGUUACGUUAAACAUUUCAACUGUAGUCGACGGAGGAAUUACUUUUGACCCAAUUCAGGGUGACAUGUUGCUGACAUACAACGACAAACCACAGGUGAUGGCCUACAUUAACGACAUCCCCACUAAAUGCAGCGGGGACUGUACGUUUGAGUGGAGCAUGUCAGCGACCAUGACUGUCACCUCCGUCACCCCCACAACAGCUACUGCAGGAAGUGACAUCACCAUUACUGGUACAAAUUUCGACACAGUCCACUCCAAUCAUAACAUCACUAUUGGUGGUGUGGCCUGCACCCCAAAAUCCUCCACAACCACUCAGAUUGUGUGUACAGUAGGCAGUGGGCCGUCUGGCUCUUAUCCAAUAGAAAUUGUUCUAGCAUCCACGGGUUGUACCUACAACGCUAAUGGAAAUGUGACCUUCACCUACCCAUUCCAGUUGUCUGGCGUUUCUCCUCUGUCAUCAAACCUUGGAGGUGGAGUUGACAUCACCUUGACCGGGUACGGCUUUGGUGAUAAGGAUAAUAUCACCAUUGGUGGAUCGACCUGCAACAAAAAAUCUUCCACUUCUACACAAGUUGUCUGCAUCGCCCCAAGUUCUACCACAGCUACUUCAGGAGACAUAGUUGUCCACCAGGCCAGUGGGGGGACGGUUACUUUUGGAAGCCAGUAUAGUUACACCGCCACAGGAAUGGCCGUCAUUUCUUCUAUCAGUCCCUCCACCAUAUCUGUAGGAGGAGGUGACACUCUGACAAUUAGUGGUUCUAACUUUGACCUGGCCAGCAAAUUAUUCAUUGGUGAUUCUGAAGUCAACACUACUGCUGUUACAGCCACACAGGUUACAGCUGUUCUCCCCGCCAUGCCGCCAGGAAACUACCCCAUCAAACUCGAAGGCUCCAAUGGAUAUGCUGUUGAUGGUUCAAACAACAUUCCAUCUCUGGACGUCAAGUUCCAUAUCACCAAUGUCUAUCCCCUCCAAGGGUCAGUGAUGGGAGGAACCCGGGUCACAAUCACCGGAGAGGGAUUCUCUACCAACACCACGGGGACAAAGGUCAAGGUCGGGCAGUAUGACUGUGUCAUCGAGUCGGCUACGUCCACACAAAUCAUGUGUCUUAUUCAGGACAGCGCCACCGUCCACAAAGUGGACAACCAGGGCAUCCAUCCGCAAUUCAAGCUGUCUGGCUAUGCCUGGAACCCUAAGAACCUGGAGAUUUUCACUGGAGACAUAGUGGAGUGGAGGUGGUGGUUCGCCUCCUACAUCACUGGCUUCACCCCCAGGGUCGUACAAGUCAAGGAUGAGCUGUCCACAGAGGCGGUCCCAGGGGGCUUCAAUAGCGGCACACCAGCUGCCUCAGGUGUGUUCAGACACAGGUUUACUGUGGCUGGUAAAUACUGUUACUGGAGUGACUACUGCGACCUCUACAAGACAACCUUCUUCAGGGGAUGUGUUAACGUGGUAGACAGGCCCUCCACAUCUCAUGGCGAAGUCUCAGUCACCAUGGGACAGAUUGAAGCCCAACACGUUGUAAACUCAGGUGUAUCUAAUCCUGUGGAUAAUAGUGCCUGUAAGGGCACCACUGGUAUCAUCCCCAGUUGUUCAGUUCCACCUGCGUCUCCAUCAGGCGCCUCUAAGUUCCAGUUCACGUUCUCUCGAUGCUCUACCCCGGUGAUCUCCUCCAUCAGCCUCCAGAGUGGCUCCUCCCAGGAUGUUAUUGACAUUGAAGGGGAAGGAUUUAGCUCCACAGAGUGCCAGAACGAGGUCUACUUCGGAAGCAACCUCUGCCUUGUGACAGCCGCAACAUCCACCAAAAUCUCCUGCAACAUUGACCCAGCUAACGCACCCGAGAUUGGAAUCAUGGAGGAAGUCAGAAUGAGACAUAACAAUAUGGGCAAUGCUCUGGUUCAGAUAACUGGACAGACCUUGAGAACUUUUGCCCUGGUCCCUGAGGUUACAGACAUUCUUCCUCCCCUGGGGUCAGUAGAAGGUGGUAACGAGAUUGAGAUUGUGGGGACUGGCUUUGCUGAUGGUAUCUGGGUAAUGGUGACCAUUGGAGGGUAUUCCUGCCCUGUAUCUGAAGCCUCAUACACCUCCAUCAAAUGCACAGCUAGAAAGCUGAACUCAGCUGGACCUAAGACCCUGGAGGUGUCAAUAACUUCUCCCACUGGCAGUUCUAUUAAAGCUAAGUGUGGCGUGGUGUGUCAGUAUGUAUAUGAUCCUAGUGUCACCCCUAAGUUGGAUAGUGUGACCCCAGACACUGUUGUGGGUGGGUCUCCCACUACCCUGACUUUCAGUGGGUCUAAGUUUGGGACUGUGUCAUCAGCUGUGUCUGUCACGGUUGGAGAUGAGAUCUGCACGGUGUCUUCAGUCUCUGACACUACUCUUGUUUGUGCUAUCACCUAUCUCCCAGCCGGAGCUAACACAGUGAAGGUCCUAGUCUCAGAUGUAGGUCUUGCCGAGGCAUCUCUCUCUGUGACUGGAAACACCACAAUCACAAGCAUGUCAUCCACUGAUGGCAGUACCCAUGGUGGUUCAAAGCUCACCAUCGAAGGAAACGGCUUCAUUCCUGGUACAACUGUUGAUAUUGAUGGAUCAGCCUGUGCUGUCACUGAGAUCAACCUGAACAACGUGACCUGCACCACACCGGCCCACGCUGCUGGAUCAGUCAAGGUCACGGUCACCUCUAACAGUCAGACUUACCCACAGCAGGAUUACACCUACUCCACCACCAGCACCCCCUCUAUCACAGGGGUCAGCCCAGCACUGGGGUCAGCAGGAACCACCGUGGUGCUGACAGGACAGAACUUUAGAGCCACCAAUGCUGAGAACACAGUCACUAUCGGUGGUGCAAACUGUGCAGUGACAUCUUCAUCUGUGACGGAGGUCAGAUGUACUGCUGGUGUACAGAAUGUUGGCUCAUUCCCUGUGGUACUGACCGUGUCUAACAAAGGGAAGUCAAACAAUGACCAGAUGUUUGAAUAUCAAUUGUCACUGUCGUCCAUUUCACCUGUCAGUGGGAGCAGUGCUGGUGGACAGACUGUGACAUUGUCUGGAUCUGGAUUUGACUCUGGGACGACAGCCACAGUGUGUGGUCAGUCAUGUGUGAAGGUCGUCAAUGCCAGCCAGACAGCUGGAAACUUUAUCUGUCUCACUCCAGCGGCCACUGCCCCUGUAGUUGGUACCCAGGCCUGUGAUGUCGCAGUGACAGAGAAUGGGGUCACCAAAACACUAGCUGGAGGUUACACCUACGAUGCUUCCAAGACGGCCGAGAUCACGGGGGUCAAUCCCGCCCGGGGAGGUACAGGGGGAGGAACGUCACUGACCAUCUCAGGGACAGGGUUUGGUACUGUUAAGGCUGAUGUUACAGUUAAAAUAGCCGGUACCACUUGUGAUGUUUCAACAGUUACAAAUACUCAGAUUGUUUGUACCACAAACCAACAUUCCAAGUCAGAGAAAGUUAAUAUUGAGGUGGAGGUUGCUGGUAAUGGAAUUGCCAAUCAGACAUCAGCGGAGUUUUUCUACGUGGAUGUGUGGUCGUCUCCCUUUACCUGGGGUGGGGGACCACUCCCUAAGGAGGGGGACAUGGUGGUCGUCAGUAAGGGUCAGAAUAUCCUGCUGGACGUGGACACACCCAAACUGAAAAUCGUCCUCAUCAGAGGGGGUGGAUUGAUUUUCGAUGAAAAGGAUCUUCAUCUCCAAGCAGAAAACGUCUUGAUUACUGACAAUGGUUUGCUUCAGAUUGGUACAGAAGCUGAGCCUUUCCAACAUAAAGCUCUCAUCACACUACACGGCCAUCACCGCAGUAAAGAGUUCCCAAUCUACGGAGUCAAAUCAAUCGCUGUCAGGACAGGAAGGCUGGAGCUACAUGGUAAGCCAGUUGCCACGACCUGGACAACCUUGGCCUCAACAGCCAGUGCUGGAAGUUCCACAAUUGUUCUGAAGGACGCAGUGACAUGGAAACAAGGUGAUCAGGUCAUCAUAGCAACAACCAGUCAUCGUCACUCCCAGAGAGAGAAUGAGUUCAGAACCAUUCAGUCCGUCGCUGGGGACCAGAAAACAGUUACCCUGACGCAGCCCCUGACCUACGAACAUCUGGGAGUGUCCGAGAUGUUUGACGGCACCCAGGUGGAAUUCAGGGCAGAGGUUGGCAUGGUAACAAGGAACAUUAAGAUUCAGGGAGCUAGUGAUUCACAAUGGGUGGAGAAGAUUGAGGCCUGCCCUGAUGGAUUUGAUACAGGUGAAUUUGCCACACAGACCUGUUUCCAGGGACGGUUUGGGGAGGAGAUGGGCAGUGAUCAGUUUGGAGCUCAGAUCAUGAUUCACUCUCCUGUCCAGAACCAGCUGCUCUCUCAUGCUCACAUUGAAUACGUGGAACUGUUCCAUGUAGGACAAGCCUUCAGACUCGGUAGAUACCCCAUCCACUUCCAUUUGAACGGUGACAAUACUGGCUCCUAUGUCAGGGGAUGUGGAAUCCAUGAGUCCUUCAACAGAGCCAUAAACAUCCAUGGAAGUCACAACCUCCUGGUGGAGAGAAAUAUCGCCUACAAUGUGAUGGGUGGAGCCAUGUUCUUUGAGGAUGGAAUUGAGACUGGAACCACCUUACAGAGAAAUUUAUUGAUCUUUGUAAGAGAGAGCUCCAGCUUGCAAAAUGAUGAUGUUACACCAGCUGCCAUUUGGGUUACCAAUCCCAACAACACAAUUCAGUAUAAUCAUGCUGCAGGUGGAUCCCACUUUGCUUUCUGGUACAGGAUGCAUGCUCAUCCAGACGGACCUUCCUUUGAUCCCAACAUUUGUCCUCAGCGUGUUCCUGUGGCAGUGUUCAAGGGAAACGUUGCUCACUCCAAUGGCUGGUUUGGACUGUGGAUCUUCCCCACUAUGACCUCCAGGGAUGGAGGAGGUUGUGGCUCUAACACUCCUUACCAGUCUGUUUUUGAGGGUCUGACAGCAUGGAACAAUGAAAAAGGAGCUGAGAUGGUCAAUGGUGGAGCUUUCAUUAUGAGAGACUUUGUUCUCGUCAACAACAAACUUGCUGGGUUUGAAGGAAAGAAAAUUUUGGAAGGCGAGCAAGUCAUUCAGAAUUCUCUUAUUGUUGGUCAUGCCAACUCUCUCACUAGAGUUGAACAGGGGUGCACAAGGGGAGGUGUUGUUGUGCCUUACGGUUAUGGAUUUAAGAUAGAUGGUGUAAGAUUUGUUAACUUUGAUGAAAGUGGAUGUGCCACAAUUGCCACAGCUAGAAUCACAGGCACCUGUUCUUUCCUCUGUGGAGGUUUCCUCUACCACACUCAGGCACUGAGAUUUGUGAAUGCUCCAAACAAAGGGAGGUAUGAAUGGUUGUGGGAGUCGGUCUUCAAAGACGUUGAUGGUACACUGAUCGGGGAGACAGGAGACGCGGCGUCAAUUGCAGCCAACGUCGGAAAAACCGUCAUCUCCACCUCAGAUACCCUCCCUCCGUCCUGUAUUCCAUACCCAAAAUUCAGCACCGGAGUUGCAGCCAGUGCCUGUGACCCAAGUGUCAAGUUCCACAGGUUUGCUUUCAAUGAAAUCUCACCUAGUUCAAUCCAGUACAAGGAUGCUAUCUUCAUUAACCGAUUUGGAAAUGUGACAAAUCCCUACCGCAAGAAGGCUAUCACUCAUCCUAAAGGCUGGAAUCUUAACUUAGUGGAUGGAGAAGAAUACGAAAUAAUAUUUGAAAAUGCUGAACAUUUAUCCAAUAUCAGUUACAAUGGGAGAUUUGAUCUCUUCACAGAGUCUGGGGGCUCUGCUGACUAUGUGAUCAUUAAACAAAAGUUGAACAAGGCACCGGAUCGUUUUAUGAUGGAUGGUAGAACUCACAAGAACGGAUCUCAGACCAGCAUAGACCCGAACACUGACCCUCACGGAACCUGGGAGUACGUCACAUCAGACAAGCAGAUCAAAUACUUAGUGUCUGCCAGAACUACUAGCUCGAGUCCAAGCUCGAGCCCAGCCCCUCCGUCUGGGCGUAAGAAGCGAGCGUCACCCUCGGCAGCAGUAAGAGCAGAUAAUCUGAAGGUCAACUUUGUCUCCUACAAAUGUUUCUUCACCGACUGUAUUCCCCCGCCUGACCCUAACACUAUACCCCCGGUGGACACGCCCCCCGCAGAGGUCCAGCUGUGGUCUGACAAGGCGACCUGGAAUGGGACAGAGCCAGGGUGGGGAGGGUAUAAUAAUGGAUCAUAUGACCUCCCGGUGAAUGGCGAUAAUGUCAAGAUUCCACAAGGUAAAUGGGUGGUUGCUGACACCGUGCUGCCUCAGAUGGGUAAACUGGUUCUCUACGGAACACUGCAGCUGGACCACAACAACGGGACCAGGGACUUCGUGUUGAACUGUACCUAUCUCGUUAUUCUGGGAGGACGACUUGUUGUGGGAUUCCCUAAUGAACCUUUCCUGUCAAAUGUCCUCAUAUCUCUCCAGGGAGACCAUGACACUAAUGUAUUUACAGGAAUUAGUGGUCCACCUAUUGGGUCAAAGGCCAUAGCUGCUUUUGGUGGCCUGGAUCUUCACGGAGUUGAUAAAGGGGAGAGCUGGACCCAGCUUACACAGACAGCAAAUGUUGGAGAUACUCAGCUCGUCCUUCAAGCUGCCGUCAACUGGACAGUUGGGGACCAGAUUGUUAUAGCUCCCACGAGCUAUGACGCACGGGAAUCUGAAAAGGUGACCAUCACGGCGGUGUCAGGGGACAAAAGAACUCUCACCAUCAACACCCCCCUCCAGUACAAACAUAUAGCUCACACAGAGACUGCUAAUGGAAUGUCUAUCAAAAUGGCUGCUGAAGUCGGACUGUUGAGCAGAAACAUCAAAAUAGAGGGUGGAGCCUACCUCAAGCAGGAGGGGCAGUCCUUCGGGGCCAGGAUUGUCGUAGGACAAGGGGCUGAGGGGACAGAAUCUUAUAUUGGAUAUGCCAGAAUUUCCAAUGUGGAGUUUGUACGCAGUGGUCAGGAAGGUUACACUGAUCCUUGGGACUCUAGGAGUGCUGUGGCCUUUAUUGAUGCUGGAACUGUGUCAGCUAUAAAGCCGUCCUACGUCAGAAGCUGUGCCUUCCACCACAGUUACGCCCCAGCGGUUACAGUGUACGGCACCAAUAACCUUCCAAUAGAGUGGAACGUGAUGGCAGAUAAUGUCUGGUUUGCCAUUGAAUCAGAAAGCGACAACACACAAAUGCGUAACAACUUCAUCACGAGGACUCAGUGGGAGGGAUCUUACCAGGACCGACAGGAGACGUUUAACGUCCGGUACAACGGCGCCAUAAAUCUGGUCAAGGCCACCAACCCUGUCCUGGAGUACAACCACGUGGGAGGAUGUGAGAGGGUCGGAUUCGCAAUCCUCGGGGAAAGAUGUAAUGCCCCCGGGAAAUUUGUUGGCAAUGUGGCUCACAGUUGUAUGCUGGGAGUUGCUAAUAUAAUGGAAACUCUAACACCUGAUUUGGUGCCUUGUGCCAAGUUUGCCAACUUCACAGUUUGGAAGAAUAUGGACUAUGGUAUAUACUACCAGAAUGGAGCUUCGAAUGAACUCUCGGACAUAUUGGCAGCUGACAAUGGAGUCAACAUUUUCCAGUUUAUUGCCGGCCCGAGUGCCACGGGACAUGCAUUUGCUGAUAAAUAUACUACUCUGAAGAACUCCCUGAUUGUAGGAACCUCUGGAGCGUUUGACUGUGCCACGGAUAGACUGCCGAAUGACGAUUAUGUUUCACUGGGUGCGAACUCCAGGAGACACUGCGGGAGCAACAUGAGGGUGGGCGUUACCAUGCCAACCUUCUCUUCUGGACCUAACUCUGCUCCUGGGAAACCGUUCGCAGGAGUCAAAAAAUAUCAGGCCAUCAACGGGAGAUUCCACAUGGAAGAUGUGACUUUUGCUAAGUUUUCUGAUGUCUGUAACAAUGGUGGUGAUUUCUCCGUGACACCUAACGCUGGAAAUGAUGAUGGUAAUCACCCUAUGUACACCAAGCGCGUGUCCUUUGUGGAUGUAGCCUCAGAUUACAAGAUUAAAUACUGGCGAUCCAGCAUUGGUAAAAUCAACUCCGCUGACUGUGUGGACAUGGCAUGUGAUGCUAAGGUGAAAUCCCUGAUGGUGGAUGAAGACGGAACAUUCCUGGGAUCCCCUGGGUCUGUAAUCCCACAGUCCGAGUACCAGUGGAACGGAGAUCCCAGAAUGGGAUUAGGAGACUACAGGAUUCCCAAGGAGAUGCAGACCAGACUGGACGGCACUAGAAUUCCUGUGUCAGUGUUAGCUCCAAAUAAAGGAAUUAUCCGAACAAAUAAUUGUGUGUACCGUGACAAGUGGCAGGCUUAUGAGUGCCAUGAUUACGAUUACUUCACCCUGACCAUAGAAAGCAUGGAUUCUGACACUGAGACACGUAGACUCUCACCUGUGGCUAUUUUGGGAGAUGGCUACCUUGACCUAAUUAAUGGUCCCCAGGAUCACGGCUGGUGCAGCGGUUAUACCUGUAGAAAGAGACUUUCAACCUUCCAAGCUCUCGUUGCAUCAGGAAAGGAUUACUUGCUGCACUACACCAGUACUUCCCCACAGAACUCCAGGUUCCACCUUCUGAAUGCUAAAGACACAGACUGCAUUGUUCUGUCUGUGUGGUACUCCCAGCCCUGGCGACUGGAUGUUUACCACGACGGGACAUACAUCAAACCAGAAAAUGUACGAUUUGUAAAUCCGGGAAACCGGUACAUUAUUGACCCACCCCCCGUUGGUCAGCCAGAUUUCUUCAAACCAAAUGUAACUGGAUGUCAGGAUCCUCAUGGAGCCAGUUAUUUUGACCGUGACUCUGGAAUACUCACCAUCAAUAUCCGGGGAUCCAAACCAUUCGAUGUCAAGACAGUAGAUGUAAUUAUUGUGUCAUUCCAGUUCCCUGCCAUGAAGGAGUCUGAUUUCUAUGGAGAGAAUAUUGUCAUGAACAUUGCUGCAUUCUGUAAUAUUGAUGCCAGUCGGGUCAGAAUCACAAACAUUGUGAGGGAGACGCAAUCCUCCGGUCGUCGCAAGAAGAGAUCAGCUGGUGACAUCACGGGAUUCUCUGUGGAGAUUGGAAAUCCCCCCUCAGCAGAUGUAAAUGGUACGCUACAAGCUGGAGACCUAUCAGAGGCCGAACUAGAAGAAGCUGGAUCUAAGAUCGUCAAUGAAAUACAACUCGGAAACUUCAGUCAAAUUAUAAACGUGAGUCAGGACACCACCUACUCCAUCGCUGAGACCCCACCCACCCCCGGAAGUCAGGAGUGGGGAGAAAUCAGUACAGAUGAUGACCCCUACACACCACUCUUUAUUGUGGAUGCCAUGAAAUUCAAGCCAGCUUUAGUGCCUCAGCAUGAGGGAGUCCCAUUUGCUACUCAACCAAAGAUACAAGUUGUGGAUAAAAAUGGAAAUAUCAUCAAAAAGCUGGGGACCAAGUCUCACCCUUGGCAAGUCGCAGCCACAAUUAGAAGUGGCACUGGUAACCCUAACGCUGUGCUGGGGGGUAACACGACCGUCAGCGUCGUAGAUGGAUGGGCCAACUUCACCAACCUCCUGAUCACACACUUCGGUCAGGACUACAUCUUGGACUUUAACAUCACUUACCCAGACGAGGGGGAGAAUGUGAGUCUCUCCAGCGAUCCCUUCACCAUCACUGGACGUCCAAUUAAAGGCGCGCUGGUCAGUAAGUCGUCCACUGUGGUGGAGAAAGCCCUGCUGUCUGUUGUACUGGAGCUGAAAGACGAGGUCACCCUAGAAACAAUCUCCAACAUCACAUGGAGGGGUCACAGUUGGUCAGUGACAGCAGAACUGGGUAUGCCUGAACUCUACAAUGGAUCUCUGGUUGGCAUAACAACCACGACCUUUGACACCAACACAGCCCAGGCCAGCUUCUACUCCCUCAAUCUGACCACUCUUGGGGUGUACGUGGUCAAGUUCCGCAUCGUGUCCAACCCACCAGACUACAACUUUACGUACGAGGAGCUGAUCCCAGUGAAAGCCCAGAGCCACAUUAACCUGGUGAUUGAGGACACACAGGAUGUCGUCGUCAAAUUUAACGAGGAUUACGACAGCAUUGUGGGAACCACAUACAAUAAAUACUUCUCUGCUAUGAUGGGCAAUGCCUUGGCCACCACUUACCCUGAAAUUAUCAUGAACAGCAUUUCUGUAGCUAAAGGCAACAUUAUGGUGAGCUUCCAGAUCAGUGGUUCUAACUCCUCAGUGAACAGCACGGUGUAUGCAGUUUGUAGCUCCAUCCAGAACGGACAGGCUUACUCCUUCAAUGGAAACUCGCUCUCAUUGGCUGGUUAUCUGACAGUGGGCGGGACCACAUACUACGGAGUCACGUGUGGAGAUAUGACCCCUGCACCGUCCAGUGACUCAGCCAAUAUUGUGCUAAUCGUGGCAGUGGUUCUGGUGGUGGUCGCGGUGCUUAUUGUGGUGGGUGGACUCAUCCUCUGGAAGUGUAAGGUGGUUCCCAAAACCAAGACUCACGACAUCUACAGCAACGCCAAAUAUCUGGGCAACAAUCAGGACAUCGACGAAAUCCUGUUCAGGGAGCAAUCCUUUAUGAGUAUUAGUGCUCCCAUGGCAACCAAUAUUUACUAUGACAACAAGAAACAACCUCUUUGAACAGAAGAGCAGAAUAGAGAGACAUUGUUAACUGAGGCCUUAAUUGACUGUGAUACAUAAUCUUCUUAUUCCUUUCAUUUAUAUUUAUUAUGUUGUGUCUACUUGACAAUCGCUCAUUGUUAAAAGUAUACAAUUAGUAUACAAUUAGUUACAAUUUAGGCAAAAAUAUUUUGACUGUGAUAAUUUACAUUAAGUUUUCCAUUUAAUUUAUUAUUUUUGUUAUAAUAUAACUUUUUUUAAAUA